AUGGACGCUGGUCCUCCCGAUACUCUUAAUUGUGGCCAGUUACCUCGAGCGGCUGCAUUCGUCCUGAGCCAGGCCGUUGUGAUCAGUGAGCGGCAGGCACCACGACACGGCACAGUCCUCGCAACUCUUCUUCUAACGCUUCACUCCAUCCGAGCUGUAACCCUAGCUGGUCUUACAGUCCGUAGUAGCUUCUUGGUUUUCGAAAGACAGUGCGCUUCUGGGUCUGAUACCGAGCGCGAACCGCUUCGUGACGGCAGCAAUCAUGUACCCGGAUCAGAGGACGAAGACCCUGGCAAGCAUGACCUCGACAAGGACGUCAAGAUGAAGCAGCAAUAG